AUGAAAACCAUUGGAAAAAUAAUUUAUCAACAAUUGAAAAAAAAAUACGACAAUGUCAAAAAUAAUAGGAAGUAAACCAGGUUUCAUUAUUAAAUUGAAAUCGAUUGCGGAGAAGUCUUAAAUAUUAAGGGAGUGAAACAAUAUGAAUUAAGCAAUAAGAUCAAUACGGGUUAUUUUGAUUUCAAGACCUUGCUUUUCUUUUUAUUUUUCAAAUAAUUUGAAAGAAUAGGAGUCCUAAUAUAUUAUAUUGUUAUGAUUCUUCAUUUUAGUUACCUUUAAAUUAAUCCUGAAGACUUGGUUGUGUACAUCUUGCCACUUUCAAUGCAUUAUGUCUUGUAAGUAGUGAAGGCAUUCUACUUUGAUUACUUAAAAAUGGAAUACGAUAAGAGGACAAAUCAAAGAGGUAUAACAAGAUAUAGAAGACUGAGGAAAGAAAUUGCUUCUGGAAAUAAGUCGUAAUAAAAUUAAUAAUAGAUCGAUAAUUUCUUAAAUUCAAAAGAACCACAAGUCACAAUUACUAAACAGGAGAUGUAAAAAAAACCUCAUUCAGUUUAAUCAGUUAAAAGAAGGGAAAAAUUAAUGCUCUAUGAGAAUAUCAAUUGGGAAUAACUUGAAGUAGGUGAUUUAGUUUAUUUAAAACGAAAUGAGAUUUCUCCAGCUGAUAUAUUAAUUAUUGAUGUUUCAGACGAUAUUGUUGGAGUAUCCUCAUAAUAAUUAGAUGGAUAAACAACAGAGGAGGGUCGGUAACCUACAUCAUUGACGAUGCUCAAAAACGGAAAAUAUAAAGCAUCAGGAUUUGAUUAUAAAAAAAUUUUGACAGGUUAAAUAUAAUUUGAUAAAGAUAAAACUGAAAACAUUUAUGGUUAUAUUAAAUUAAAAAAAGAUCCAAAAGGUGAGAAUUUUACUCGAAAUAAUAUCAUUCGAAGGGAGGAACAACUAAAGACCUGCUAGUAUUUAAUAGGACUAGUGCUAUUUGCAGGUUAAAAUUGCAUAUGCUAUGAUAAAUUGAGACAAGCAGAAAAGAAAUCAUUCUUUGUUUAAAAGUCCAGAAUGUUCUUCGCUUUAACUUUAACAAUUAGCAUCAUAAUAACAUUUAUAAGUUGGCUAAUAGCAUCUUUCGGAGUUUGUUAAGCAUCUUAAAAUGAAACAAUCUUUGAUUCUACUACACUCAUAUUUUAUAUGGUUCAAUAUUUAAAGACAACUCCAAUAUAUUUUUACAAUUGUGUUGACAUCAUUGAAAUGAGUUAUGCCCAUUAUAAAUAUGUCAAAUUUAAUCAGAAUAAAUCAUCUGAGAUGAGAAUUAAAGUUGGUAAUAGUAUUGGAGGACUUAACUUCCAGAAUGUAUAACCAUAAAUAAAUUAUGAGUAAUUGAAUUCGGUUUCAAUUGGCGACUUAGUUAUGACUGAAUAUGUAUGCUUUGAUAAGACAGGAACGUUAACUACUGGAGAAUUCAGAGUGAGAUCCAUAAUUAUAGAAGAUAUGAUGUAUAAGUUUGGGUAGAAAAAAAUUUAAAAUGGAUGGCAACUUUUUAAGGAAAAUUUCAAAUAAUAAUUAAAAUAAAAUCCUAAUUUUAGAAUUCCAGAAUAGGAAGAAUAUUCUGAUGAAUAAAUUGCUUUAGAAUAAUAAUCCAAAAGCAGAAGUAAUGGCUUCAAAAAUACAGUGUCAGGACUAUCCAAGUCAUUAGGAAAAUAACAAACAUAAAAGUUUCGAUCCACAUUACUACAUUAAACUCAUUUAAAUGAUGAGAAUAACUUUAAUAAUAAAAUAUCAACAUUUUAACCAUUAUAGUAAUCAGCUAUAUUGAGUAAAUCUGAAUUAGAAAGUGCGAAUGUUAAAAAUUCUGAAGGAAACAAUACUGAAUUGAUUGGUUAACAUAUAAUUGAAAAUAUUAGACCUGAAGAUUUGGACGAUACUCAUUGCAGGAUUACUCCUGAUUUAAAGGCAAAUAGACCUAAGCCAUUCUUUAACAAAUCAAUAAUCGUUAACUAGUCAAUAUCAAUCCAAUAAUCCCCUUCAUCUAGUCCUUUUGAGGAAAUACAACUUAUGCCUUAAGAAGAUAAGUAAUCUGUAACGAGUGAUAGAUAAAAAAAACCAAGAAGUGAUAGUGAUGCCACAAAAAAGGAGGAAUACAGACAUGUGAAAAAGCAAUCAUCCUUCGUGAAUAGAAAUAAUAAUAAUAAAGCUACCUAAUAAUAUUAUUAUAUGGACGAAGACACAUAUGAUAUAGCAUUUUAGAAAGAUUAAGAAUUCUAUUAAAAACUUGUUUGUGGUCCUUCAUAAAUAUUUUAUUAAGAAGCCAUUCUCUCUCUACUGUUAUGCUAAGAAAUUGCAUCUAAGUUUACUUAAUAUGAUGAUUAAUUUAUUCAUGAUUCUACUUAAUCAACUUUAGAUUCAGAAUUAAUGAGAUUUGCUUAAUAUUUUGAUGUCAAAUUUGUUUGUACUAAUGAAACAGGUGGAAAGAUAACUUAUAUCAUAGAGUUAUUGGGUGAAAUGCACGAAUUCUAAAUUCUCUCUAUCAAUGAAUAAUGUUAAAAUCACCCUCGAUUAGGAGUUUUGAUACAAUACCCAGAUAAAUUGGCAGAUUAAUUUCAAUUUUUUAUAAACGAAUAGGAAGAAGAAAAUGAUUUUAUUAAUUGUGUCUUAAUAGUUAGAGAAGAACUUAAUCAAAUUCCAUCAUAUGUAGAUAUUGAUAAGAAUAGCAGAGAGUAUUGGGAUAGAGUUUUUAAUAAAUUGCAUAUAGCUGGAAUGAGAACUGUAGUUUAUUCAAAGAUCUAUUUAAGGGAUAAUGAAAAAAACGAAUUCUUAGAUAAGUAUUCUUAAAUUCGAUUUCAACAAUCAUAAAUUGAACUAAUUUAAUUGUUCAAUGAUAUAGAAAAAGAUAUGUAAAUUAUGCAAGUCUUGGGAAUUAAAGAAAAGAUAAGGCCUGAUGCUAAAUUAUUGAUUUAAUAAAUGAAAUAAGCAGACUUGAGUUUAUUUCUAUUGUCUGGUGAUGAAAUGAAUCGAGUUUUACCUGUUGCCUACAGAUCUGGUCUACUUUAAAAUACGGAUCAACUUUUAUACCUUGACUCUGAUAAUGCCAAAUUAGUCAUUAAAAACUAACUGGCUUAAAUGGCUUAAUAACUUAAAGUGCCUGAUCAAAAUCUCAAUGUGAGCAGUGCAGUACAGUCAAAAACGAUUCGCUUAAAUACAUUGACCGAUAAAGCUCAUAAAAGCAUAGACAACUAUUAUAAUCCAGAUACAUUUAAUUAAAAUAAAUCUGUAGGAAAAAGUUCACAUAAUCAAUUUUAACAAUAGACAUAAUAAUAAUAAUAACAACAAUUGUAAUAAUAACAAUAAUACGGAGAGAUAAGAGCUUUUUCAAUUGUGCUAAGUGGUGAAUAAUUUAAUAUUAUACAAGAGGAUAGUGUAUUCUUAGCACAUUUAACAUUCCUUUUGUAUUUUUGCAAUUCUCUUAUUGCUUAUAGAUUUAAUGCAUUUUAAAAGGCCGAAAUUAUUAAGAUCAUCUAAACAUAAUUUUAAGGAAAUAAAAAAGUAUUAUCAAUUGGAGAUUCGUUUAAUGAUAUUUAAAUGUUUAGAUAAGCAAAUAUAGGAAUAUAAUACUGUCAUUUACCAAUUUCUUAAUAGUAACUAAAAUAGAGCACGAAAAGAAAACUUACUUAGAGAUUAUCCAUGAAUAAAAUAUUGGAGAACCCUUUAAAAAGGCAACAUAGCAUAAAAGAUAUACAAAAAAUGGCUACAUCUGAUAUAUGUGUAAAUAGUUUUGAAGAUCUCUGCGGUUUGAUGUUUUUUGAGAGUAGAAUAUUUGCUGAGGUUUAUGAUGAUCUAUUGGUAUUUUCUUUCUAUAGGUCUUUAUUGAUAUUGUACGCCCUAUUUCUUAUUUAUUCUACUAACUGCUCAUAGAAUAAUUAGUUAGUAGAAGGAAGUUGGUUAACUGUUUAUCAAAGUUUAAUGUUAUUUUUACAAUAGAUAUCAAGUUUAAUAUCUAAAUUAAAUGAAAAUUAUCAUGGAGAUUCUAAGAUGUAUUAGGAAUAGUUUAAAAUUAACAUUAAGACAUUCAAAAAAAAGAAGGUAUUAUCAUUCAUUUUUAAAAUUAAUGGUAAUGCCUUAUUAGAUGCAGUUUUACUCUGGUUGACAUGCUUUUCAUUAUUUUAUGGAAACACUCAAAUUGGAAUCAUCAGAUAAAUGCUUUUGAUAUUGUUAGUAGGAAGUGAUUUGGUAAAAUUGUGUGUCUCUUCAGUCUAGAAGGUUUUGGCUUGGAUAAUAUUGGUUUUUGCCUACUUAUUAUGUUGGUUAGGUAUGUCCUUAUUAUCAGUGAAAUAUACAUUUGAUGAUAAUAUUGAGACUUUUGAGCAAUUAUUUACCGAUCCUCAUUCUUGGUUUGUGUUUUUUUUUUAUAUCGGUGCAUAAUUAUGUUUAAGUAGUUGCAUAGAAGCCAUAUAACCAUUAUUUUGUCAAAGUUUAAUAAAAACAGACUAAUGCUAUGAAGAAAUUUCUAUUAUUUCAUAGAAAGUAAAUACAUAGAACAAUAAAAGCAAUUACAAAAAAUAUCAUAAUUUAAUUAAAAGAAUUGCUGUCAUUGCUGGUAAGAUAUUUAAAAGAAAUAAUGAUGAACUUGAUCUAUCCAUUUAAGAAAUGGUUUCUGGAACUAAUUUAAAAGUAAAUUAGGACAAAGUCAAUCCAUUUACUUUGAAAUUUAUGAAUAAAGAUACUGAAAUGAAAUUCAAAAGAUUAUCAAAAAUUCUUUGGUUAAAAUUUGAAAGAUAUAAGUUAAUAAUAACUUUAUUAUUUUUAGAAGUAAUCGCCUUAGUACUAUAUGUUGUAUAUAAUAUUGAUCAUUUCUCAACUGAAUUAUAUUUUCUAACCUAUAUUUUAGGAAUAGCCUUAGAGUUUGUGCUACUAUUUUUGGUGUGUUCAAAUAUCUAUCCUAAACAUUUCUUUUUCAUAAAUUUAUCGGUUGUUUUCAUUAGAUUUCUUAUAAAAUUUAUUUGUGAUUUAGGAACAACAUAACAGGAAGGAAUUUAUGAAUUAUUACUCACUUAAACUUACAUAGUAGUUUUGUUAUUUUCAAGGAUCCACUUACCGAUAAUCAAUUUUAUCCUUGGAAUAUUGUCAGUAAUCGGAUUCAUUAAAAAAUAUUCAAUAAUGGAAUUUUCCUAAGUAUAGAUUACUUACUAUUCCUUAAUCAAUGGAGAAGUAGUUGUUAUAGCAACUAGUAUCUUAUUUAUGGCUUUGCAAUAUAAAUUGAUAAGAUUAGAAAGGGAGGAUUUUAUGCUUGAUGUGACUUUAAACCAAGAAACAUCAAAAAUGACAAAUGUUUUAUCAAUUUUGUUACCAAAAUUUAUAAGGGAUAGGAUUAAUGCAAAGGGUAUGUUCGAGAUAAGUGAGAAUUAAGGAAAUGUAUCAAUUCUAUUUUGUGAUAUUUGUGGAUUUGAUGAUUUGAUAACAGUUGAAAAGGAAAAUAUUGUGAAGAUUUUAGAUGGAUUGUUUAGAUCAUUCGAUCAGUUGUGUGCAUAAAAUGGAAUGCAAAAAGUAGAAACUGUAGGUAAAACAUACAUGGCAGCAGGAGGUCUUAAGGCAGUCGACUAAGGAACAAAGUUUUAUAACUAAAAUUGUGUUAAAAGAGCAGUUUAAUUAUCUUUAGAGAUGAUGGAUCAUACAAGAAAAGUUAAAUAUGGACAGAUUGGUCAUUUGACAAUCAAGAUAGGAAUACAUUAUGGUAGAGUGAUUGCUGGAGUAAUAGGACAUCAUAAACCACAAUUUUCUUUGAUCGGUGAUACUGUCAAUACAACCAGCAGAGUUUGUUCAACUGGGUAGGAUGGACAAGUCACUCUUUCAAAUGAAGCAUAUCUAGAGAUUAAUAUGCCUGAAUUGCAAUUCACUUAAAGGAAGGUAGCUGCUAAAGGAAAAGGAGAACUAAUAACAUAUUAAGUUAGCAAGGAAAUUAAAAGAAAUACUGAAAAGAAGAACAUUAAAAAAAGAGGAGUUAUUCUGAAAAGCGAGGAAUCCAAUAAUCACAUUCUCUCACCUUAACCUUCAAUUUAAGGAAAUAUACCAUCUUCUGCUAAAUAACCAUCAUCCUUUGCACAAAACUCACUAAGAAGACAGGAAAGCAUCUAAUUUAAUCUAUAAGAUAAUGUUCCCUAUAAUAUCUAAAACACAAACACCAAUAAUGAUAUAAUGUAAUAGCACUCAUCUAAACAAUCAAUUCCAGCAUAGCAGGAUUCUUCUUAAGAUGUUUCGAAUAGGCUAUAAUAACAAGAUCCUGUUAAAUAAUUUAAAAGGAAAGCAAAUCAAAGAUAAACUUUGCUUAUGCGAUCUAUGCCUUAAUAAUAUCAAACUGCAGGUUAAAUUAAAAUUAAUAGCAAUUAAAAUAUUUAAUUAGAGGCUGAUUAAGAAGCGAGUCAAUUGGAAAAAGAGUAAUUAGCAUCCUACUUCGAAAAAUCAAAUCUCUUAUUAGAAAUUUCAUAAAAGUUAAGAAGAGAUCUUUAAAUAGAUGUAAUUGAUGAUUUUCCUGAUUAUGAUAUUGAAUUCGAUAAAAUAAAAGGAUACUUAGAGGAUGACAAUAGUAAUGUGAUAAGUGAAUGCUUACAAUUAGAAAAAAAAAAAUUAUAUCUUGGAUUUAAGGACCAUCAAUAUUAAUUAGCAAAAGAAUUUAUAGAAUAAAAUGCUGAAGGUAGAAAUAUAGUGUUUAUUACUAUAUAUUUGCAUCUUUUACAAUAUCUCGCUAAAACUCUUACUCUUUUUAUUCUGGUAUAAUAAUCUAUCAUAGAGAGUCCAUUGUUGAUAAUCGCUACUCGAUUAUUUGCAACAAUAGUACUUUUGGUACUUGCAUUGUUAUAAAACAAGAAAUUAAAACACAAAUUCUAUCAAGGUUAAUAUUUUAUAGCAACUUACAUAAUUCUUUUGUUCAGCAUUUUGUUGGAAUUUGUACUCCUCAAAAGUGAGGAACUGUUCGAAUUAUAAGCUUCAGAAGGAAUACUUUUAAUAUGUUUCUUUUGUUCCUUAUCAAUUGUUCAAAUUAAACAUAAAGUUGCGUUUUUAUUAUUCUUUUGUGUUGCUCAAAUAAUAAUAGUACUCGUCAAGUUUAAUGAUUGGGCAGUUGCAUACUAUACUAUAUAUUAAGGUAUUCUGAUGUUCUCUGUCUAAUACAAUAUUUUUUAUUAAGAUCUAAAUACAUUUAAUAAUAAGCGGUCUCUUGAAAUUAAAAAGAAUUAAUCAGAAAACUUAGUAAAGUAUCUUUUACCAAAUCAUAUUCUAAAACAGUUUUUAUCAAAUAAUUAGAGAGAGGUCUUAGUAGAAUAAUUAGAAGAAGCAACAUUAUUAUUCGCUGAUAUAGCUGGGUUUACAGAGUAUUCUAGUAAGGUUGAACCUGAGUAAGUUGUUAAUAUGUUAAGAAAUCUAUUCACAGAAUUUGAUAAAAAAUGUUUAACAUAGAACACAUACAAGCUUUAUACUAUUGGAGAUUGCUAUGUUGCAGUUGGAAUUAUAGAUAUUAGAUAAAGGAAUCCUGCAUAAGAGGCUAAGAAUGUUGUUGAAUUGGGGUUUGGGAUGAUUGAAAUUAUUAGAAAUGUUAGAUAAAUCAUUGGAUUUGACGGAUUAGAUAUGAGAAUAGGAAUACAUACUGGGAAAGUUAUUGCAGGAAUUUUAGGAACAGAAAUAGUAAGGUAUGAUGUUUAUGGAGCAGAUGUUAUGAUUUCAAACAAAAUGGAGUCUAAUGGAGAAAAAGGAAGAGUUCAAGUUUCAGAAGAAACUAAACAGCUAUUAGAAAUUCAGUAUCCUGGCGCAUUUAAUUUUAUCCAUAACAAAUUAAUAGAAUUCAAAUCAAUUAAUAGACAAACAAAUGGUUAUUUUGUUGAACCUCAAAAAAAUGAUUCCGGAUUUGAGGAUUCAAAUCAACCUAGUGAAAGAGAAUCAUUUAAAAUAUGA